AUGUCAUCAAAAACUCUUAGAGUAGCUUUCGUACAUCCCGAUCUUGGUUUCGGUGGAGCAGAACGUCUCGUGGUUGAUGCUGCUACCGGUUUAAAAGCCAAAGGCCAUAAUGUAGUUAUUUAUACUUCUCAUCACGAUCGUGAACAUUGUUUUGUAGAAACUAAAGACGGCUCGCUUGAGAUCAGAGUACGUGGAAAUAGCAUUAUCCCACGUACCUUUUUUGGAUCUUUUUACAUUAUAUGCGCAAUUUUGCGACAAUUACACCUUACCGUUUCUUUGAUCUUGAGAGAUAAAGAUCAAUUCGAUGUUAUAUUCAUUGAUCAAUUAUCCGCUAGCAUUCCAUUUUUAAGAUUUACCGGUGCAAAAGUACCUCAAGUUCUCUACCCUGGAAUACAUUUUGAGGCAUAUGAUAAAAAAGUGGACAUUGAUGAUAUAUGUAUUAAGAUUUUAGAAAGCUCGAAAGUGACAAUUUUAUCAAUUAAUCGCUUUGAACGAAAAAAAAAUAUUGUGCUUGCUAUACGUGCUUUUGCAAGAUUACGAGAUGAUGAUAUG